GAGACAAAUUUCUGCUUUGUAAGAAAUGUAUUGCAUGGGCAGUGCCAUACCCUUAGAGGCAUCGCUUUGGGGUCGGUGACUAUUGAAGCAUCACUGAUUGGUGUGGAGCUGGGAUGCAGAAGCACCUGCCAGCCGAGCUCCAAAUCUAAGCCUGUCAGAUCUGAAGUCUUUCCCACCCUGCCUGAAACUGACUGCAAGGGGGACAUGCAGCUUGUAUAUAUUACAAAGCACAUGCCAAUGGUGCCAUUUGCAUGACAGGCACACAGCGGGCAGCAUGUCCUCCUCAAGGCUGGGUCCUCGCUUGGCUGCCUGUCUGCUGAACAUCUCAGAGGCGCGGAACAAGGAGAUCGUGGAGAGGGUUGCCAAGGCAGCAGUCUAUGAUAAACAAGGGGGGAGGCAUGAACAGACCACAGUGCUCAACAUCUUCAGGGAUUUUGAUUAUAACAGGUCUGUCCUCACCAUCGCUGCGCCCAUUGAGAAGCUAGGUGGCGCUGUGAUGUCUGCGUGCGUGGAGGCGUGUGAUCUCAUCGACAUGGAGAAGCACAGUGGGGUUCACCCGUGUCUGGGGGCAGUGGACCUGGUCCCCAUCUACCCCCUGUGUGAGAACGUGGGGCUAGGGGAGUGUGGCCUGACCGCGCAGGAUGUGGCAGAGGGGCUCACUCAGCAGGUCCCUGGUACCAGCGUGUUUCUGUUCGGGUUCGCUGACCCGCCUCGGUACCGCAGCUUGGUGGAGAGGAGGAAAGAGCUGGGCUGGUUCAAACAGAACCAGGACCUGCGGCGAGUCCAAACGGACCUGGGAGCACCGCCCAGCCACAGAUAUGGGCUCACAGGUGUGGGUGCCAGCCCUUACGUGAUGAACUGCAAUGUGACGAUUGCCACACGGGACCUGGCAGUAGGGCGGCGCGUGGCGGGGGCUCUGCGUGGCUCCAGCCCAGGCGGGGUACAGGGGGUGCAGGUCAUGGCUCUUCCUCACGAGGGCGCUGUGGAGAUCGCCUGUAACGUGGAGAGUGUCCAGGGUGGCGAGGAGGAUUGGACUUCAUACCUGAUCCAGGGGGAGCGCUAUUCCUACCCCCCGGCAGCCCUCAUCGCCAGCCGUGUCUCGGAGCUGGCCGGGCAGCACGGCGUACGCACGCUGGGCACCGCCCUGGUGGGCUUCACGCCACAGGAGUGCAGGGGGCUGGCGGAGCGUGCACUGCAGCAGGGGGUGGCAGAGUACUGGAGGCAACAGCGGCCCGUGCACAUGUGAGGGGCUGUGGAGGCGAUCCAAUCCGCUGCCAUGCGUUUACACUGACCAGCGAAAAAUGGUACCUGCCAACUAUGAUUAGCCAAACCAGUCUUUUACUAACUACAUAUUUACAUUGCCAUUGGCCAGUGUGCCUCCCAGUGCUUUCAUCGGUGUCACUGGGCGUUAUCUAAAACUCUAAAAGUCCAGUUACAAUAGAUUGCAAACAGCAUGAGCUCACUCACAGCGCCUCAGCAAACUGCUGCUGCUCCAGGUACAUGCUUGCAAUCUCAGGGACCCCAACACAGUGCACUGUGAUAUUAAUACAUUGUGGUAAUGUUGUUUAAUAAUGUGUUUUAGAAAUGCAAAUCAUUCUCAUCCUCUGAUCCGUGCAUGUAGGAGAGGACUGAAUAAAAAGUUUCAUUUGUUUCAUUUUAUCCAUGAAGACUGUUUCCGCUUUAGUCCUAGUGUAUAAAGAUAUCUUCCUCAAGUUAGUUUAUAUUAUUCUGUAGACUGGAGCCUUGGUAUUAAAAUGCAGCUCCUACCUUUGAAGUGGUCGUGCAUUGUACCCUCAGUCUGCUUUGGUUUAUAAUCCCUUGUUACCACACCUUGGCCGAGUGGUUAAGAGGUAUUUGAUUCCAAUCCAAUGGGGUCUCCUCACCUGGGUUUGAAUCCUGUUUGUGGUGGCUAUUCAUUCCUUUACCCAAAGAAAUAAAUACUGUUAUAGUGAAAAAGAAUACUGUAACUAUUGACAAAUACAAAAAUAAAAGCAUGGUUAUUAAUUUA